UUCAUCAUUUUACGCAUCUCGUCGUAUUCUUUCUUAUUAUUCAUCCGCCAUUGAAAUUCCCCAAGCUCUGACCUCUGCAUCAGCUUCCUUCUUAGCCCUAACCUUCUCAACACUAUCUUCAACCUCUACACAAGCCCACUCUCAUCUCACUUUCUCUUAAUCAUCACCAACUUUCCUCCGAUUCGUUUUCUCUUUCAGGAUUCGGUCCGUUUAAGACAAGAGGGGGCUUUAUUUGGAAGAGUGUUGUGUUUGGGGUCUUCACAGGUUACAGACUGGAUAGUGCAAGUGAUAUGCAGCAAACAAUACGAAAUCUCAUUUCAGGGUUUUGAAAUAUGGGAUCUGUCUGUUGUGUUGCGGCUAGAGACAAGACUGUUGGUGUUGGAUCUGGUAGUGACACGCAGCAUAGGAAUAUUCGUCACUCGCCGAGUUGGAGCUUUCGAUGGGAUCAUCCAGGUCGUGUGGUUGGUGAGGAAGUUUCUGUGAACUUGAUUUCAGAUGGAGUAAGCAGAAAUGAUAGGCCAGAGUUCAAAUAUGAAUCCUCAUAUGCAUCAGAAGAGGGUAGUCCAUUGGAACAUUUUCGUAGACAGACAUGGAAAAACUCCUCAGUUUCUGAAGGAAGUACGGGGAAUGUGAGGACACCUACAUCAGGUUGUUCUAUUUCAAGAAAUGUUUCCACAGAUGUUAGUUUCGAACAGGUGAAGAAAGCCACUGAAUAUGCGACAACUUCUAUGUCUCCUGCAAAAGUAUCCCUUUCAAUACCUUCUACUUCAUCUUUGUCAACAUCCCCUCUGUCAAUCCACGGCCAUCUGCCUUCCACCGGUUUGACCUCGUCGAGAUUGUCUCACCGUUCUCCCGGACAUCGAUUAUUGCGUCAAGUAUCUGGCAACCGCAUCCCAGCAUACAGAUCACCAAGUAGCUACACAGUUUCAGAGGACAGGCGUGCAAUCCCUGGGAGCAAUGAUUCAUUACGGGGCUCACAUGGUGGGUCUUCUGAUGGUUGGUCUGUGAAUGCUUUCUCUGAGCUCAUGACAACUUCACAUAGGGGAAGAUGGUCCUUUGGUAGUGAAUCCUUUGACUUUGCUCGUGAGAAGAUGGUUAGAUCCUGCAGCCUAUUCUCGACUUCACCUUCUGCUGAUACACAAACAUGCGGAAUUUGCUCCAUGUUGUUGGUUGAGAGAUCUUUAUGGACCAGCCAAAAGAUAAUUGCUAACAAUGAGCUGUCUGUCGUUGCGGUACUAACUUGUGGACAUGUUUAUCAUGCUGAGUGUUUGGAGAAUAUGACACCUGAAAUUAGCAAGUAUGAUCCAGCCUGCCCACUAUGUUCAUUUGGUGAGAAGCAGACACUAAGGAUGUCUGAAAAGGCACUUAGAGGUGAAUUAGAGUUGAAAAUUAGAAAUAAGAGGUUAAGGAAUCGCAUUGCUGAUAGUGGUCUUGAUGUCGAAGCUACCAUGUUUGAUCAUUUUAUAAAUACUGGACAACAAGGGAAGUGCCCUAAGUUGUCCUCUAGCUCCAGUUUGAGAGGUUCCUCAGGGAAGGGUUUCUUGAGGCGUCACUUCUCCUUUGGCUCAAAGGGGGGGACUAAAGCCCUGCCAGAAAGUAACAACACAGCAAAGAGAAAGGGAUUGUUAUGGUCAAGAUCUACUAAGAUGUGACAUUUUCUAUAAUUUCUUAUGGGAGGUUCCGCAGUUAACCCCUGUUAGGUAGCUGGUACACAAAGUGGAGAAUGCAAGAUAGAAUUGACCAAGGGGAUACUACAACAUCCCUGGGUUUGGAUAGUUGGAUAAUUCUUUAUGAAAUUUAUACAGGCUUAGUUUGUGGCGUCAACACUGUAUAUAGGAACGUAGGGUAAAAAAGAAGUAACAGUUCAGAUAACAAGAUUGAAAGAUUGAAUUGCAUCAUGACGAAUUAGAUUGGCGAUUCUCAUUCUUAUCUUGUACAAAUCAAUAUGUUUUCACGUGGACAAUUGUAUGCAUGUGUUAUGAAUUCUGAUA